UUGAACAUGGCGAAAAUGGACGUGUGGGCAGCUUUAAUGUCAACUAACAAUUAAACAAAGUCUCUAGCAAUAAUUACUUAUUAUCGCGAUAUUGUAUAAUAAUUUCAAUACCAUGCGUUUUUGACGUGUCAGUUUUAAAGUGCCCGAUAAGUUCUUCCUUUUAUUUAAACGUAGAUAAUAAAAAAUGUAGCAGGCCAUAUUUACUCUUAUCUGGGAGUUUAAAUUGAAGAUUGUUCUUCUGAAAUACGAUUCCAUGAUUUUGCUACACACGAUAAUUUUAUAUGUAACAUGCGAAUAAAACGCACAUUAACAAUAGGAUUUAUAUUCACAAUAUGGACGUCUGUGCUGUUUAUAACUUACCUGUACCAUCCAGGCCAGUCGAACGAUGAUUCCGGCAAAUUAAACAAUAAAAUGGUGAUAUUGGAACAAGGCAUAUCGGAGGAGUUUGCGAAGAACGAUGUCAUGAUCAAAGAUGCUCAAAAACUAUUAGAAACCAAAAAGAUUACUAAGGACAUGCUAAUGCGGGAAGACAUACGAAACGUUAAAAUACCUAUACUCGUGUUCGCUUGCAAUAGAGUGACUGUUACUAGAUGUUUAGACAGUCUCAUUAGAUUCAGACCGGAUCCCGAUCGGUUUCCCAUAAUCGUCAGUCAGGACUGCAAUCACGACGAGACGAAGCAGGCCAUAGAAAACUAUGGAUCGCAGGUUUCACUGAUCCAACAGCCCGAUCAAUCCGACAUACAAGUACCCCCGAAGGAGAAGAAGUUCCGGGGCUACUUCAAAAUAUCGAGACACUACGGCUGGGCUUUGAACCAGAUGUUUUUCAAUUUUAACUUUAGCACAGUCAUCAUAGUAGAAGACGAUUUGGAAGUGGCGCCGGAUUUUUUCGAGUACUUCCUGGGGGCCUAUCCGGUGCUUCUGGCCGACGAGACACUGUGGUGCGUCUCGGCGUGGAACGACAACGGUAAAGAGGACCUGGUCAAUAUGCAGAGGCCGGAUUUGCUCUAUCGGACAGACUUCUUCCCCGGGCUGGGCUGGAUGUUGACCAAAAAUGUUUGGUCGGAGCUGUACACGAAAUGGCCGAGGGCGUACUGGGAUGACUGGAUCCGAGAUCCUUCGCAGAGAAAAGGGAGGUCCUGCAUUAGGCCCGAAAUAUCCAGGACGAGGACUUUCGGAAAAACGGGAGUAUCUAACGGCAUGUUUUUCGAGAAACAUUUGAAAUACAUAAAAUUAAACGAAGAACCCGUGCCUUUUACCAAAAUGGAUCUCAGUUAUUUGUUGAAAGACAAUUACGACAAUGAAUUCGUGAAGAAAGUUUACCAAAGCCCCGUGAUCAAUUACGAAGAUUUGAAAGCUGAUAAAGUAGAUUACGAGGAUCCAUAUAGAAUCGUUUAUAGAAGUAGGGAGGAAUACAAAAGGAUAACAAAAAAAUUAGGACUAAUGGACGAUUUUAAAAGUGGUGUACCUAGGACAGCUUACAAAGGUAUUGUAACGUUCCAUUACAAAGGAAGAAUGGUACAUUUGGCCCCGAAUGUCAAUUGGAAAGGUUACGAUGUCACGUGGAGUUAAUUUCUUUUCUUUUGAUAGUAUUUAUUUUUCUAAUCGAUUCCAAUACGUAUAUAUGAAAUAUGUACAUAAGUUAUUUUAACUCUUUGUGAUAUUUUACUUUAUCGAAUUCCCUUUGUUCGGGACGUUGUUAAACAAUGGUACAUGGCUUCUCAUUGAUGUGUAUAUAAUAAUGACAAAUUAAAUUCAUUAUGGUUGUGAA